AUGGGCGUUUUGGGACACCUGUACGCGUGUAUUUCCAUCCUUCUGCUGGCCGCGCUGAGCUCCGCGACGUGCUUCAAUCCGCUAUCGCCAGGCGCCCGGCAGAACGCCUACGACCGCCCAACGACGCGGUUCGAGAUUGGCGCUAAGCGACGCAAGAGUGCACGCGUGUUGAUUACGCUAGAGUGUACCGAGGCGCGUAAGCUGGGUUUGCAGCCGUCGCGGUAUUACACGUCUAAGAACAAGGCGAACACCCCGGAGCGGCUGGAGCUCAUGAAAUACAACAAGUAUCUGCGCCGCCACACUUUGCACAAGGAAAUAAGGUAG